UGUUUCUAACAAGUUAUCUUUCCAUUUUUACGAGGGUUCAUGCGAUCGGGAGGAGUAAUUUAUCUCCAACUAAGAGAAAAAUUCAAUGAAUCUGCAGCAGACACAGCAUGGGUCAUAUCACUGGCCGUCACCGUUCGCAUGCUUUUUGGUCCACUAGCCAGUGUCCUAUGCAAUCGAUUCUCAUGUCGCACCGUUGUGAUCGUUGGUGGUGUUAUAUUGUGUGUGGGCGUGUUAAUCAGUGGAUUUACACCAAAUCUGGCAUUUCUGUUCUUCAGUUAUUCCAUAGUUGGAGGUAUCGGCAGAGCUUUUAUCUACACACCAGCGGUUGUGAUCGUCGCUCUGUACUUCGAGAGAAGACGCGGAACUGCGGCGGGAAUCGCUAACGCCGGGAUCGGUUCCGGAACAUUUCUGGUUCCUCCUGUUGUUGAAAUUCUUUUCCAGAACUUUGGUUUUACCGGAGCCUUUAUUCUGUUGGCUGCCUUUGGAUUACAAUCCAGUGUUGCUGGUGCUUUGUUUCGACCGUUGACUGUGCAGAAUCGAAUUUCAAAACGGAAGCCAUUCGAAACGGAGAUCGAAAUCAAAGAACCGACUUUUUAUGAAAGUAAACGCAGUGAAGAAUGCAGUGGUUCUGACUUUUCAAAUACAAACGGCGCCAGGUCUCCUCUGUUUCCAAAGUUACAGACAGACCAAAAUGAAGUCACCCGCAGUUUACCAAACUUAUUGCAAACGAACAAGAAGUUUCUAAGCACUUUGUCUGCAUCUCUUAUUUUACAUGGAGCAAGCUCAGAAGUGAUCAACUUAGCCGGGAGUAUGCAGCUUCACAACAGAUCUCAAAAAUCGUUAAAUUCAACAGCGGCCGAGACUGAAAUUCCAAAAUCCAGAGGGAGUUCAAAUCCGGGACUCCUCAAUCUGUCGCUUUUGCGGAAUAUUAAGUUUUUAAGUUUUUGCAUAGGAAUCUGUUUAUACACGCUGUCUUUCCAAGCCUUCUACGUAUUCCUACCUCCUCUUGCCAUCCAAAAUGGCCAGACUGACAUAGAAGCGGUCUAUGUUGUGUCCAUCGCAGGUGCUCUGGAAACGGCCGGAAGCAUCUUAUCCGGCAUCAUACUAGACUUACCAAUGAUCAGACCGCACAGGCUGCUCAUCUAUAACAUAGUUCUAUUUAUACUCGGCAUUCUAACGUUUAUCACGCCAUUCCUGAGAGUGUUCGAGUGGCUUUCGUUUACAUGUGCUGUAUACGGGUUUCUGUUAGGCUCGGGACUAGCACAGAAAGCCACACUAGUGGUGGAUAUAUUGGGUGUGGAACACGUAGUUAGUUCCCUUGGAUUACUGGUGUGUUUUCAAGGCUUCGGGGUUUUAUUUGGCCCACCUCUUUCAGGUCUUUUGAAGGACUUCUACGGACUCUAUGGCCCAGGAUUCUAUUGCAGUGGUGCGGCCAUGAUUGCUAGUGGGAUCGUUCAGGGAUUAGGUGGCAUAAUUCACCAUGUAUACCAAGAAAAGAAAUAAAGUGGGAUUUGAACAAUCAGUUUUUAUAGUCCAUUUCCUAGUUGGAACAAUG